AUGGGGAAAUGGUUUGAAAAUAGAAGGGGAGUGAAGCAAGGAAAUCUAAUAUCCCCACUUAUAUUUGUGCUGGUGGUUGAUUUGCUGGACAGUGCUCUCAAUGUUGCCUCUCAGGACAACCUGUUUGCUGGCAUUGGUCGAUCAGAGGUCUGCGCCCUUCUUGACGACAAUGGCCUUCCCCUCUCCAUCCACUCCUCCGUUGCCAUAUAUGCCAACUCUACUAUUUACAUCUGCUUCUCCUGCUUUUGCUCCAAUAGCACCGAUGUACCUGCCCGCAACCACCCUCUCUACAAGAUCAAGGCCAGCAAUGGCCUUGACACCAUCUCCUGCAACAUCUUCAACGGAUUCAUCACCUAUGAGGAUAUCGCAAUGGCAAACAAGAUCCCAAACCCCAACAAGAUUGAGGUAGGGCAGAAGCUGUGGAUCCCGCUACCGUAUAGCUGUGACCUAAUGGACGGUGCCACCAUGGUCCACUACACCCACAUGGUGGUGACCGAGAGCUCGAUAGAAGGGAUCAUGGCAGAGUUCAGGAUGGACGAGGACAAGGGCGAUUAA